GCACCUGGCACCGUCGUUCUACAUCGUCUGCAGAAAAUUACCUACAUAAAAAAAAUAAAAAAAGGGAGGUUUGAAGAAGCCUAUAAAGUCUUGUCAUUGAUGGCGAUUGUUUGUAUUCAUUAUGGGCAACAAAAUAUCCGUUGAUAGUAAACCUGUCUUUGGAAUCCUUGCUGGAUUAAUAUCGAGUUCAUUAGCAAUUUGGUUGUUCUAUGAAAGAAUUAGUAGAGCAACGAGAUUGGACAGUUUGAAGGAAACUAAUUAUAACAUAGCGCAGCUUCAUUCUGCAAUAGAUAGUCUUAGAAAAGAAAUAGAAGAUCUGAAAGCAACAAAAUCUUUGAAAACUGAUCUUAAUAGUGAAAUUGAUGAAGAUUCUAAGUCAAAGAAAUCAUUCAAAGUUGUCCGCUUCAAGAAAACCCUAUCCUAUCUGUCUUCCACAAGUGAUGCUGAUUAUCAAUCAGCAUGGUCAGACUGUGAAGGACAAACAGAAGAGUUCUUUGAUUUUCCAGAGAAUGAUGCCCUUGCUGAGCAAAUUGAAAGCAAUUCAUCAGCUAAGGAAGCCAUAGAUUUGUUUGAUAAAGUUGACAGUUUAUUAGAAGGGUCUUCAGAUGAUUAUAAAAUUGCUUUUGGAUUAUUAACAGAUCAUGAAAGUGAGUUUGGUUGUAAUGUGGAAUAUCUUUGGCGUGCUGCCAAAUCCUGCAGAAUGUCUGCUCAAGCAUCAUCUGAUGCAAAAAUGCAAAAGGAAUUAAGUUUCAAAGCCGUUGAUUGGGCGCAAAGAGCUUUGGCUGCAGAUGAGUCCAACGCGGAAGCUAAUAAAUGGUUUGCUAUAUCAUUGGGUGCAACAAGCUGUUAUUGUAACGUUUCAGAAAAAAUCCGAAAUGGCGUACUAUUUAAAGAGCACAUCGAUAAAGCAAUUGAGAUCAGUCCUUCAGAUUAUCUUCUUCAUCAUCUUCUCGGUCGGUUCAGUUUUGAGGUCUCGUCUUUAUCUUGGAUUGAGCGAAAAGUGGCCACAGCGCUCUUCAAAAAUAUCCCAAAUGGAUCUGUCGAGGAAGCAUUAUCAAAGUUUAUGCUUUCAGAAAAACUGCGAGCGGAGCCUUGGAAAACAAAUUCCCUCUACAUCGCCAAAUGCUUUAUUAAGUUAGGGGAAAAUGCUCAAGCAAUGCACUGGAUAAACCUUGCAUUAGCAAUCCCGGUUGUAACGCCAGAAGAUCGGUUGUCACAAGACGAAUUAGUUGCUUUGAGUGCCAAGUAUAACUCUAACUUUUAAAAAUUCUUUAUUCCUCAAUUUGUUCAUUUCAAAUGCCAUACACAAAAAGAUUAUUUUCUGGAUGAAGAAGACAGAUAUAGUGGUUUAUUAGUUUCUUAAUGAAGAGACCGUUUCACAAUUCCCAGGCUUGUUUUACAUUUACUAUUCGUAUUGCAUAAUCCUAGUUUGAUUCCCGAAGAAUUUAGAACAAACUUUAUUUUAUUGUUUAGUUUAAAAAAAACAAAAAAACAAUGACAUUCCGGAAAAGCCGAAUACGGUUUUCAGUAACGGUGUGCUCAAUAAACCACUUACAAACCAAA